GUUGAGAUAGAAUGUGUUGAAAGAGAUUAUUUAGCUGAGAAAAGAUUAGCUGGAAAGGAAUUUGAAGAGAAGAAGAAGGAAUUGAAAGAAAACCUUUUGUUGGAGCUAGAAGAUAAGAAGAAAAUCAUUGAACAGGAAAGAUUCACACUUGAACUCACAGGAGACUCAAUGGAGACAAGAUAUGGAAUGGUAAGGGAGUCACCAAGACGUUUAUUGGCGAGGCUUAAAAAUCUGGCACCAAGUAGACCCCUAAGCCAAAUCCUGAGGCCCAAAAUUGAUGCGUAUAAGCCAGUUUCAACUCGAAAGCUGCGUCGAAGAGGUAAUGAGCCUGCACCCAUUGUGGAAAAGCGGCGGAAACCUGUUUCUAAUACACUUCAACUCUUGCUUGAAGAACGUGAAGUGGAUGAAGACUUGAAGCUCAUCAACAAGAGCAAGCUCAUUAAUAUGAAGAAAACCUCACCUGCCAUAGCUCCUCCUGAGCUUAUUGGUAAUGAACCAAAAAUUGAAAAUGGAAAGCUCUAUUUUGAUAAAAAGUGGUUUCACAAAGGCCAAGCUGUGAUGAUUGAGUGCAAAGAUGGAACCCGGUUCAAUGCUAUUCUCACUGUUGCAGGGAAUGAUAUGAUUAUGGUAAGGAAAGUACCAGACAACAUUCGCUUGAAAAUUACCCUGGCCCAGUUGGCACAUGGGAAAUACUUGGUGCGCCGGAGGAGUUCAACGUGACAAGCAGAGGAUGUGUUUGCUGUGGGUCCAAGCUUCUUUUAAACCAGACCAUGAGUAUUUCAACAUCCUGCUGUUGACUAGCUAUUUGCAAUGCAAAUGGAUUUGCAGUCAUAUUCAGGUUUGGUAUAACUUUCUCUUCAGAGAAAACUACAUGAGUGGAGUAAAAAGAAUCUGAUUUUAAUGCAAUUCAUCUGACAUAAAUCGCGGAUAUUGAGAACUCAGGUUUCAAUAUUACUUAAUAUGGGAGUCUCUUUCUGCCUUUACACCAUAUGUGAAGUACAAUUGUAGAAUUAGGUUUAAUGAUAAAGGGACUCGAAAUGCAUUUAGACUUAAGUAAGAUAUUUUUAUUAUAGCAUAUUAAGCUGUGACAGAAUUAAAUAUGAAUUUCUUACA